UCGGGACCCGGGGGCAGAGUGGGCUGCUGGCUCUGCCUGGGUAAAUAACGUGGGCCCACAGCACACACGUGUGUUUGCACAGAAGGACUUGAAAAGAUUCCAGGCCUGCCCUCUGUCCCCCGCAACCCUGGCCCCCCCACCCCUGCCCACCCCACCCUGACCUUUCCUUCCUUGUUACUUAAAGGAGCCCUUGAAAGGGAGGCUUGAGAUGAAAGGGAACACCCUCCUCUCACUGGCAUUCUCUCUGCCACGAGAAACUGCAGGGUGGCUGUGUCAAGUUGGGAAGAUUGGGCACUGCACAAGAGAGGGGACAAGGCAGAGCUGAAAUUCCUCUUGGGCUCCAUUCACCAAGCCAUGCUAUCCAGAGGGAAAGGGGCAUCGUUUUCCGAGUUGUACGAAGUUGCACUAGUUGCAACCCUAGAGAAGCCAGAACCUUCCAAACGGGGUUCUCCCUCUGCCCGGCCUGCAGGAGCAAAGGACACUGCAUGUUGAGGCUGAGCAGGUCAGUCUCACAGGAUGACUCGAGAAGGGCCGGGGAGCCCCGCCCCCAGCGUCCCGGCCCAGUAAAUUCUACCAUCAGAGGCUACCCGUCCUUCCAUUAAAGCUGGCCCCUCUUCCCGCAGAGGUCUUCCAAGGAGUGAUUCUCAAACUUGAACAUACAUCAAAAUCAUCCAAAAGGCCUGUGGAAACGCAUUGCUGGGCCUCCCUCCCCUCACUGCCCCCCGGCUUCUGAUUCAGUAGAUCUGAGGUGGGCCUGAGAACUCAAGCUCCUCACGAGCUUAGGUGCUGAUGCUGCUGGUCUGGGCGCCAUGUUUUGAGAACACUUUAAAUUAUAAACACCCCGGAGAAAGGACACACGUUAACUUGCCCUUCACGGGUUUAUCUGCUCUUUCCUCCUUUCUGAAUGGUCCCUAUAUUUUGAGGAGCGUAUGUUUGUUGUUAAUCUUCCACCUCUGUCCUGAUUUCCUCUUGAGCCUUGAGCCCACAAAUCAUGGAAAUCUCUGUGACCCCCGUGCUUGGUCCCUGCCUCACCUGAACCCCAUACCCCUGCCAUGAGGCUCGGGGGAAAGGGUUGGGGGGGCAGAGCAGGGGACCAAUGGGGAGAAAGUCCUCUGCUUCCUCGUGUUGAGCCAAGUGGUGCCCCUUGGGAGGGCUUUGGGGGGGCGGGAAGGCGUGGAGUCUGUCUUGCUGGAGGCCUCAUUUGUCCCCCAGGGCCUGGGCCUUCUCACCACCCCCUGCAGCUGUGGGGAAAGCUGGCCUGUAGGUCUGCAGGUGGGCACCUGGCACCUCCAGGGCCUCAAGAAUUCCUCCAGGGCAGAGGGGAGAGGAGAGGGCCCCCGGAGCUGGGAGGGGCCGGGGGCUGCAGCUUUCACGGGAGGAGGGAGCAGGCUGGUACUGGGAACCCAGGCCUGAGUGGGGACGGAGCUGAGCGCACAGUGACCACCUCAGCAGCCUUAGGUGGGGAUUUAUUCACUCCCCGCAGUGGCCCUUCGGGAGAGAGGGGAGGGGGUUGACCCUGCACAGCCCUUAAUUGCUCCUCUCCGUCUUCACCAGGCUGGUGAGGUGAUGCUGCCCCUCCUCCCUUCCCUGCCCCUUCAAGGGCAGAACAAAGAGAUUUAGGUGAGCUUGAGAGCUCACCUUCCUUCUGAGGAAGGAGUGGUCUCGGCAGGACUGUGGACUGAGACCUGGAUGUGGACCUGCCCAGGGACAGAGGCCCGGACAUUCAAGACUUCUUGUCCAGGCCUCAGUUUGCUCAUCUGCUGAAUGGCACGAAUCACGCCUUCCGCUCUGAGGACUGGCUGAGGUCGAGAACCUCAGAAGAUUGUCUCACACCCUCCGCCCGAGGACAGAUUUCCUGCUCGCGGCCAGCCCGGCUUCCCCGGGGCCUGGGAGCUGUCCAUUUGCCCCCACUCCCCCCUCGCUGUCUUUCCCGGCCGGGCUGCCCAGCCCUGGCCCGUCUGGCUGCCCAGUGACCCGGAAGCCCCAGGUCUCUCCCCGGCCCAGCCACUGCCCACUGGUCUCCUCAUCUCUGUAACCAGCUUAGCGGCCCCCAUGGGGAUGGGGAAGAAGUCAGAACCUGAGCCUCCUUCCCUCUUUAUUUCUGUAGACGCAGCCGCCAGCCCGCACAGCAGCAGCAUGGGCAGCGCCAGCCCGGGCCUGAGCAGCGGGCCCCCCAGCCGCCUCCUGCUGCCCCCUGACGCCGUAUUGCGGACUGGCCCGGAGAAGGGGGCAGCGGGGCCGGCGGGGCCGGAGAGACGGGACUGGAGCCCCAGCCCCCCUGCCACCCCCGAGCAGGGCCUGUCCGCCUUCUACCUCUCCUACUUCGACAUGCUGUACCCCGAGGACGGCAGCUGGGCGGCCAAGGGCCCUGGGGCCAGCACUCGGGAGGAGCCACCUGAUGAGCCUGAGCAGUGCCCUGUCAUCGACAGCCAGGCCCCAGGGGGCAGCCUGGACUUGGCGCCCAGCGGGCUGACCCUGGAGGAGCACUCACUGGAGCAGGUGCAGUCCAUGGUGGUGGGUGAGGUGCUCAAGGACAUCGAGACGGCCUGCAAGCUGCUCAACAUCACGGCGGACCCUGUGGACUGGAGCCCCAGCAACGUGCAGAAGUGGCUCCUGUGGACGGAGCACCAGUACCGGCUGCCCCCCGUGGGCAAGGCCUUCCAGGAGCUGGGGGGCAAGGAGCUGUGUGCCAUGUCGGAGGAGCAGUUCCGCCAGCGCUCGCCCCUGGGCGGAGAUGUGCUGCACGCCCACCUGGACAUCUGGAAAUCAGCGGCCUGGAUGAAAGAGAGGGCGUCCCCAGGAGCCAUUCACUACUGCGCCUCAACCAGCGAGGAGAGCUGGGCCGACAGCGAGGUGGAUUCAUCCUGCUCCGGGCAGCCCAUUCACCUGUGGCAGUUCCUGAAGGAGCUACUGCUGAAGCCCCACAGCUACGGCCGCUUCAUCAGGUGGCUCAACAAGGAGAAAGGCAUCUUCAAAAUUGAGGACUCGGCGCAGGUGGCCCGGCUGUGGGGCAUCCGCAAGAACCGUCCUGCCAUGAACUACGACAAGCUGAGCCGCUCCAUCCGCCAGUAUUAUAGGAAAGGCAUCAUCCGGAAGCCGGACAUCUCCCAGCGCCUGGUCUACCAGUUCGUGCAGCCCAUCUGAGGCUGCCGUCUGGCUCGGGCCCACACUCGCCCUCGCCAGGGCCCCCUCCUGCCUGCCCUGCCUUGGCCAGACCCUGAGCUGGGGGACAGGGUGGUCCACUGGCAUCUGGAGUUCAGAGUCAGAGCGGGAUGGUCCCCUGCACCCAGGGGGGCAAGUGAGCUUUCUGGGGCCUGAGGGACCCCAGGUGUGGGUGCUCCUGUGCAGUCCCCUGGAAGACAGAGGGGGCCAGGGCUGUCCUCGGUGUUCAUGGUUCCCCAAGGAAGACCCUCCCUCCACCCCAGUCUCUGACCCAGAAUUUCCAGAGCAGAGCCAACAGAAUGGCGGUGACUUAGCCCAGUGCUCUUGGCCACCCAUUCUGCCCCGUGCCUGGCAUGGUGCUGGCGGACGUCUGCACCCCUGAGUUGGAAAGCCAGGGGCACUCUGGGAACGGAUAAUAAAGAUACUAGAAAACUGA